ACACACAUUCUGAUCAGGUUUUUUUUUGUCAGGUAUUAGCUCCGAGGUUGCAGUUAUGUUAGAUAAAGCAUUGUCAUUUUUUCUCUAUUUCUGUGGUAUGUUGUAUCAGGCGUUUGUUCCUUGUUCAGUUCCAGAGCUGCUGCCUGUCAACACCGUCGACCAUCAGCAGUAUCUGGGGAAAUGGUACUUUAAGGCAGCAGUCAGUCGCAGAGAGGCUGACAUCCACAAGUUCAAAGCACUCGACAACAUGUGGUUCACCAUGGAGGAGCCGGCUAAUGGCACACUGCUGCUGACCGGAUAUAUGCGCAUAGGAGAUGGCUGCACAAAACAGACCUGGACGUAUCACAUACGUCCUGACAGGGAUGAUAUGGAGCUGGAAGGAAGGCUGCAGCGAAGGAACCUUCUCUGGAGCGGCAAGUGGGCCAACUGUCCCGAGUGCAUAAUUUUCCAGGAGGUAGAACCACCUCUUAAGGAGACAGACUCAGAGGACUCCCUCAACAGAUACAUGCUGUAUGGUCGCCAAAGUGGCGUUAACUCUGAGGCGGUGACAUCAUUUCUGAAAAACUUGGCUUGUCAUAAUGCGUUGGAAAGUGUCAGACUACCACAAGAGAAAGAGUUGUGCACCUAAAUAUCAACACUGAGGAUGUUGCUGGAGCUAUUUGAUGUCCUGGAUGAUAAUAAGAUUAUUUCAUGUUUUCACUGUGUAACAACAAAUAAAGCAAAAAUACAAACAUUC